AUGUCCGGUGGGAUUUUCUCUCCUUUGGAAAACCUCUGCGACCUGGAUAAUGCCAACUGCCACCCCCUGGUAUGUUUCCUGUGUCAUGAGCAGUAUGAGCAUCCCUGCCUCCUGGACUGUUACCACAACUUCUGUGCCAGCUGCCUGCGAGGCCGGGCGAUAGACAGCCGCCUCACCUGCCCUCUCUGUGGUCAUCAGUCCAUAGUGAAAGGAAACAACGGGCUCCCGCCUGUAGACCGGCUCCUGAAGUUCCUUGUGGAUAGCUCUGCCGACUGCGAGGAGGAAGUUCAGUGUGCAAACUGCGACCAGGAGUGCAAGAAACAGGAAAUGGACACCAUGUAUUUCUGCAACACCUGUAACCAGCCCCUCUGCAGCAAGUGCCGCGAAGAGACCCACAAAGCCAAGAUGUUCUCUCGCCACGAGAUUGUCUCCUUGACUAAGCGCACUAAAGACAUCCACAAGAAAUGCUCUCUUCACGAGGAACCUUACAUCAUGUUUUCAACAGAGAAAAAAUCCAUGCUCUGCAUUAACUGUUUCCGGGACAUGCAGGUAGAAAGCCGAGCCCACUGCAUUGACAUCGAGACUGCGUACAUGCAAGGCUGCGAGAAGCUCGACCAGGCUGUGAUGGCCGUGAAAGAGCUCCAGACAUCCACACGAGAGGCCAUUGUCCUCCUCAAAGCCAUGAUUGAGGAGGUGCGCAACAGUGCAGAUGAGGAGAAGACAUCCAUCAACUCACUCUUCAGUAGCAUGCAGGAGAAACUAGCAGAGAGAAAAAAGAUGCUUCUGAAAGCUGUUCAGAGUCAGUAUGAAGAGAAGGAAAAGGCAUUUAAGGAGCAACUCUCCCACCUGGCCUCCCUGCUGCCCACCCUGCAGGUCCAUCUGGUCACCUGUUCUGCUUUUUUGAGCUCUGCGAACAAAGCCGAAUUCCUGGAUUUGGGAUACCAACUGAUGGAGAGGCUCCAGAAAAUAGUCAAACUUCCACAUCGCUUGAGACCUACGCAGACGAGCAAGAUAAACACCGAGUACAGGGCUGAGUUUGCCCAUUGCUUGGAGCCACUGUUGCUGCUGAAUCCACGCCGGUCUGUGGUGGUGAGCGGAGGCGGCAUUGGACCGGGGAUCAGCAAUGGAAACAUGCUCUCGGGUGGCCAGUGCUCCAAGACGCUGAUAGUGCCUGGCUGUCCCCCUUCCUGCGAUAAGAUGUCCAUCACAGGCGCUAUCGUGCGAAAGCCAACCAUGCAUCGUUACAUCAGCACCAAGGUCCUGCUGGCCGAAGGAGGGGAGACGCCCUUCACUGAGCACUGUCGCAACUAUGAGAACAUGUAUCGGACCCUGCAAACAGAGAUUCAGAACCUGAAGGAUCAGGUCCAGGAGCUGCAUCGUGACCUCACAAAGCAUCACUCCCUCAUCAAAACAGAGAUCAUGAGCGAGAUCCUACAGAAAUCCCUCCAGAUGGAUGUGCAGAUUGCCUCGGAGUAUUCGUCUGUGGAAAUGAUGCGGAGCAUGUUUGAAGAGAUUUGGGAGGAAACAUAUCAGAGGGUGGCAAAUGAGCAGGAAAUUUAUGAAGCACAGUUACAUGACCUGUUGCAGCUGAAACAGGAAAACAGCUACCUGACAACCAUCACCAAACAGAUUGCCCCCUAUGUCCGCUCCAUAGCUAAGGUGAAGGAACGGCUGGAGCCCAGACUACAAGAACCCAGGGAACUGAAGGAUGACCAGACAGAGAAUCUGCUCAAAAUGUACGAUGACAGCACAGUGACCAGUGACACAACUCACAGGAACGACUUGACAAGAAGCAUGGAAGACAACAGGGAGCCCAAAGUGGACAACCGAAUGCUGAACAUUGUCACUGAGGAUUCCCUACUGAAAGACACUUACAGAACCAAACAGAAAGGUGGGACAGAGAGUCCCAGCCAGAAAGAUUUUGCAACUUAG